AUGGUCGCCGCCGACCCGACGUAUCCCCUUUACCCCAUUGCUUGCUUCUUAGCUUCAGCGAUGCUGCUUCUGGUACUCCUGACCAGCUUCAUCCGCCAGAACUGGAACUUGGGCGUUGCUUUCUUAUGCUUCUGGCUGUUCUUCGAGAACUUGGCCGGUGGUGUCGACGAUAUCAUCUGGUCAGAUAAUGCCGAUAUCAAGCUGUACGUGUAUUGUGACAUUGUCUCGCAUUUAGGCAUAAUCACCUCAGUCGUCAAGCCUAUGGCCACCCUGAUUAUCACUCGCCGACUGUACCUGAUCACGAGCAUGCGAUCCGUCGAACCCCCGACAAAAGUAGCGAGGCGCAGAGAUCUCGCCAUAGAGUGGGCGCUCGGGCUCGGCAUUCCUCUUCUGGUUGCAGGACCUCUCUACUACGUAGUUCAGUGGUAUCGAUUUGAGGUCAUUGAGGGGUUUGGCUGUGCCGAGUCCUCCGACGGCUCGAUACUCAACAUUUUGCUUCUCAAAUCGUGGACUGUGAUUCCGCCGCUGGUGUCCGUCACCUUCUACUAUCCUCAUGUCGUCCGAGUCUUCUAUCGCCAUAGCCGGGAGAUUGACCAAUUUUUGCAGAGUAACAACUCAGUAUCGCGCCCAAACUACUUCCGAAUCCUUGCUCUUGCAAGCAUCGAUGUUUUACUUACUUUGCCCUUUGGCAUCGCGACGAUCGUCUUCGGGCCUUUCGGUGUAGCACAAUUCUACUUCACCAAUUGGACAUCGCCCAUCCUCGCAUUCGUCAUCUUCGGGCUCUUCGGCGUCACCUCGGAGGCCCGCGCAUCGUACCGGCGCAUCAUCUGCACCGUCUGUGGCUGGUUCGGCUGGAAGCCUACUCUUCGCACGCGCAGAGCGCGUUCACCGCUGGGAGACAUUGAGUUCGGCGAGCGGCCUGCUCAAAACUCUAUGUCACUUGGUCUUGAAUCGAAUCCAAGCUACGUGAACCACGGCGCCCGCGCGCAAGGCCUGCUUAACUCGGGUGGAGAAGGGGGAGUCGUGGGCGAGGCAGAGGACGGCUCGUCGGACAAGGGUGCGAUAGAGGAAGUACGCCGCAGUACUGCCGAGGACAUGCAAGACGAGCGCCUGACGCCUUCCGCGUCUUCCCAGGCUGCCUUCGGUGAUGCCUCGGCCGCGGCGUAG